AUUUUUAUAAAAAUACUAUUUUGAAAUUAAGCUUUGUUCCCAGAGCCUAUAUUUUAAAAACAGGCAUUUCAUUAAUUCUUCCUAAACCUAGGAUGGUCAGUAUUUUCCUAGUUUCCCAGAGCCACCAGAGGUCAAGAGAUAACAAUCAUAAUAAAGCCAGUGGCAGCACUGAGACUAAUAUCCUUAUCUCCUGAUUAACAAGAAAAAUCUCCAUUAUAUCAGGCCACCAGAUUGCCCAGUGUAGUCUCCUGGACUCCAGAAAGUUGUUCAAAGAUGAACCAAGAUUACAUAUUCAUUAUUUUAAGAGUUUGUAUCAAAUUUGUAAUGAUUACCAGACAGGAAAAUUUCACGUGCUGCCUGAAAGCAUAUCAAAAAGCAUGUAUUCGAUGGCUGACUGCAUUUAAUGCAGUGUGAGAUGUACAAAGAGCCUCCAUAACUAUGGUCCUGUCUCCUUGCAGCUUAUAGCAACCUAACACAGACAUCCCUGAGAUAUAGUGUAGGGUGUAAAAAGAUACGACUGAAAAUGUCGAGCCAUUGUUUGCAUUCAACAAAUACUACCUACAUACUCUACAACAUUCUGUUAGGCUUUAGUGAAUCUUCAGUGGGGACAGAUAAUGGAGAGUGUUCAACCCAGUAGUGAGUGUAGGUAAUGCAGUUUUGCUGAGGGACCAUGGACUUUUAGAACUGGAAAAAGUAAAAGGUUCUCAGCAUGGUCCCUGGAGCAGCAACCUGGCAUCUCCUUGUUAGAAUGCAAGUUAUCUUAUCUCUGCUGAAUCAGAAACUACGAGUGGGGCCAGCAACCUGUGUUUAACAAGCCCUCCUGGUGAUUCUGAUGAGAACUAUUGAUCUAGUCAAACCAUUGCUUUAAAGAGAAGGAAACUGAGGCACAGAGAGGGCAUCUAUCUACACUCAUCAGUGACUCCAAUCAUCAAACAACCAAAUGGAGUGACUGGAGAAUUGGCGAGUGUGGUGAAUGUGGUAAAUGGAAAGAACAGAGAGCAUGUUCUAUUGUGUACUAUGUGUACAUGUACUAUUGUGUCUUGCUUAUCAGGAUGUAGUGAUAAGCACACAGUAGACACUUAGAAAAACAAAUACAAAUAGGUUGAAUUUUUUUAAUCUACCUGGAAAUAUUUCACAGAAAAGUAGGACUUCUUAGAUUUUGGAACUCAGUUUCACCCAAACAUUAAGGGUUGUAAUUCAUUUUUAUCACUGCCAACAACCCUUAGUUCAUUGCUGUCUUGCAAAUGUCCAAACUCCUUGUCUUUCAAGAUGCACUUCAUGAUUAUUUCCUUUGGAUAAAUGUAUAGGUUAAUUUUAAUGAAUCCUACUGUAUAUUAAAUGACCCACUGUAUAAGUUUUCAUUUAUGUAUGUUUUAUAAAUGCAUCAUCCAUUGAGUAAUCCCUCCUUCUUGAAACUGUCCUCAGCUCCUGUGUCUACUCUUGGGUUUCCUUCUACACAUCUCUACUUCUCUGUCUCUUUUGCGGUGCCAUCUUCCUCUGCCCACAUCUUUGCUGUUAGGCUUCCCCAAAAUUCUAUCUGGGACCACAUUUACCAUGGAUGAUCGCAUCCACUUCCCCAUUUCAGUUACCAUUUAUAUGUUGGUAGCUCUCAAAUUGUUAUUCUAGCUCAGAUCUCUCCUGAACAGCAGACCAGUUUAUUCAUCUCCUAACUGAUCUAUUUCUAGCAGUACCCGCUAUGCAUUAAAUUCCUUCAGUGGCACCAGAGUAUUUUUGUUUUUAAAUUUAAUAACACAUACUUUAGGGAAAUCAAAUAUCAACAAGAGUUAGCGUUAAAUAUGGGAGAAGGGAGGCUAAAAGAUACCAAAAGAAGCAGUCAGCCAAAUCCAGAUGAGAGACAUUCCAUAAGACAAAUGACUGGGUUUCUUCCAUAAAUGACAUUGGCAGAGGGAAAGGAGGGGAGACCAUUGCAGAUCAAAAGUAACUUAAAAGACACAACCAAAUGUAUGGAUCUUGUUUGAAUCUUGACUCAAACCAGCAAGAAAAAAAUUUUUUAAAAAAUUGGGGAAAUUUAAAUAUGGAAUGGGUAUUAGAUGAUAUUGAGGAAUUAUUACUAGUUUUUGUAAUAGAUGUAAUAAUUACAUGAUUAUGUAAAGAAGACCGUAUGUUAGAAAUGCAUACUGGUGUAUAAGUGAAACAAGAUUGACAGAAUGUUAGUAAAUAUCAUAGAUGGGUGUUCAUUAUUGUUUUCUCUACUUUUGUAUAUAUUUGAUAUUUUUCAUCAUAAAAAGUUAAAAUGAAAGGGCAGGUCAACCAAAAAGGAAAAAACAGGAAUGACGCACACAAAAAAUCCUACCAUCCUGGGAAUGUUUGUUUACAGAGCCAAAGGGCUAUCUGGUAAAAGUCCUUGACUCCGACAAUCAAUCCUGGCAGCAAAUCUGGGUUUAUCUCAUGCACACGUCCUCUGUUUCUCUGCAACACACAUGAAGCACUCAAAUGGCUUCAUAGGGACAGGAAAUUUCAGGAUUUUGUUUUUUCUGUUAAGAGUGCUGACACUUAGCAGCAUUAUCCUGCAAUGAGACAAUUCCUCAGUCCCAGAGUCAUCCAUUGUUGCCAUCAAAUUGCAGCUUAAUAAUAAUAAUUGCAGCAAAUUGCUCGUGUUCCACUAGCAUUAGUGAUAAAGCAGCUAACUACAAGUUUAGAUCAAUGGAAACCACUUGCUAGACUAUAAACUCUGUGCUUGCAGGGACCACGUUUUCCUUAGUCACUGUCAAAAACCAUUGACCAGCACGGCCCUUGGCCCCUGGUAAGCACUACUGUUUAACUGAACUGAAACCCUUAGAGGAAAGGGGCCAUAAUAAUUUGAACGCACUUAGCAUAGUAACUAAUUGUGCUAAGAAAUUAUGAAGACAAGUUUAGGGACUACUUCCUAAAGACAAUAAUAUUCCUUUCCCAGUCACUAGAAAUUUGGUUAUUAGGAAAAGAAACAUAGAUGAGAAAAAGUAUAGGAAUAACAGAAGCCCAAAGCAUCAGGUCAAGAUAAGAUUAGGGAGAAAAAUUUUAGUUUCACUCAGAUCCAUGUUGAAUAUAAUACUUAAACGAACAAAAACCUUUUCCUCACCCUUCGUUUUAUCCUUCCCCUUCACACUUAUCUUCAGUAAUAGUACUUGCCACUUCUCAGAUGUCCACACACCACAGAACUUCAGGGAGCUGGCAAAUUCCAAACCUGUAAUUACUAAGGUUGUAUCUGGUGACAUGUUAAUAUAUACGUCCAGACAUUUUCCCUCUUUUGUCUAAAAGUGAAACUCCAGUAAACUUGGUCACUUACUUUUCAGCGUGUUGUUAAUUUAAUGAGUUGAAGCCCCUAUCCCUAUCUUAGUGUGAGAAUUAGUAAAAUAACACUAAACCAUUUUAAGUUUUGGGAAGAAAGGCACUAUGAAAACAUGAGGUAGUGCUGCUUGCAUUGGUAAAAACACAACUGAAACCUUGUUUCUUUAGGAAGUUUUGAGAUCAAAGAUCAUAAUAAUACAGACUUAAGAGCUUUCUUCAAGAGAAUAUCGUCUCCUUCCCAUACCUGUCCUUACUACGUUUUUGUGUGCUAUUGUAAAUUUCUUGACCCUCCAACCAAGACAUUUCCUAAUGACCAGUUCCAACAAUUUGGCUUUAUCCCAUUCUCAUUUAGUAUGCAAUGCUAUGGCUGCGACAUCAUGAACUCAAUUCCUAGCAGUCACCAAACAAGAUUUUGAUGUGAGAGGAUGUCCCUCAUUUGAAGUUCCCUUCUGGAUAAGAUACUGGAGGUCUCAUUGCAGGGAAUUCUGGAGUGAAAACAAUAGGAGGAUGAGGGAUUGUAAGGGUUUUUUUCCUAAAGAAAAAUAUCAAUAAAAUAACCCUGUUCACAGUGUAAAGCAAAGCUUCUAUCUGGGGUCAAGGCCAGAGCAAUGGACACCUUAUCCCACUCAUCCUCUUCCUCUGAUAAAGCCCCAACAAGUACUGAAAAGUCUUUCUUCAUAAGAGCCCAGAGGCCUCUAAAAGAAAGUGCUUAAAAAAGGAGACAAAAGAAAACUGGAAUUAUGAGGAUUUUCCAGUCUGUUUCUGGUGGCUGGUCCAGAAGGAUGCCUCAGUUCCUGCUUCUCACCUGCCUCUUCAUCACAAUCACACCUGUGUCACCAAGGGCCCUAGAUCCUUGUUCUGCUUACAUCAGUCUGAAUGAGCCCUGGAGGAAUACUGACCACCAAUUUGAUGAGUCUCAAGGUCCACCUCUAUGUGACAACCAUGUGGAUGGGGAGUGGUACCGCUUCACUGGCAUGGCAGGGGAUGCCAUGCCCACCUUCUGCAUACCAGAAAACCACUGUGGGACCCAUGCACCUGUCUGGCUCAAUGGCAGCCACCCUCUAGAAGGUGAUGGCAUUGUGCAACGCCAGGCCUGUGCGAGCUUCAAUGGGAACUGCUGCCUCUGGAACACCACGGUGGAGGUGAAGGCUUGCCCUGGAGGCUACUAUGUGUAUCGUCUGACCAGGCCCAGUGUCUGCUUUCAUGUCUACUGUGGUCAUUUUUAUGACAUCUGUGAUGAGGACUGCCAUGGCAGCUGCUUGGAUCCCAGUGACUGCACGUGCUCUCCAGGAACCGUGCUGGGCCCCGACAGGCAGACAUGCUUUGAUGAAAAUGAAUGUGAGCAAAACAAUGGUGGCUGCAGUGAGAUCUGUGUAAACCUCAAAAAUUCCUAUCGCUGUGAGUGUGGGGCUGGCCGUGUGCUAAAAAGUGAUGGCAAGACUUGUGAAGACAUUGAAGGAUGCCACAAUAACAACGGUGGCUGCAGCCAUUCUUGCCUUAUGUCUGAGAAGGCCUAUCAGUGUGAAUGCCCCCGGGGCUUAGUGCUGUCUGAGGAUAACCACACUUGCCAAGUCCCCGUGUUGUGCAAGUCGAACACCAUUGAAGUGAGCAUCCCCAGGGACCUGGUUGGCGGUCUGGAGCUCUUCCUGACCAACACCUCCUGCCGAGGAGUGUCCAAUGGCACCCAUGUCAACAUCCUCUUCUCCCUCAAGACGUGUGGCACAGUGGUCGAUGUGGUGAAUGACAAGAUCGUGGCUAGCAACCUUGUGACAGGUCUACCCAAGCAGACCCCAGGAAGCAGCGGGGACAUCAUCAUCCGAACCAGCAAACUGCUGAUCCCGGUGACCUGCGAGUUUCCGCGCCUCUACACCAUUUCUGAAGGAUACGUUCCCAACCUUCGAAACACUCCAUUGGAAAUCAUGAGCCGCAGUCAUGGAAUCUUCCCGUUCACUCUGGAGAUCUUCAAGGACAAUGAGUUUGAAGAGCCUUACCGGGAAGCUCUGCCCACCCUCAAGCUUCGCGACUCCCUCUACUUUGGCAUUGAGCCCCUGGUGCACGUGAAUGGCUUAGAAAGCCUGGUGGAGAGCUGCUUUGCUACUCCCACAUCCAAGAUCGAUGAGAUCCUGAAGUACUACCUUAUCCGGGAUGGCUGUGUUUCUGAUGACUCAGUGAAGCAGUACACAUCACGGGAUCACCUAGCAAAGCACUUCCAGGUCCCUGUCUUCAAGUUUGUGGGCAAAGACCACAAGGAAGUGUUUCUGCACUGCCGGGUCCUUGUCUGUGGAAUGCUGGAUGAGCGUUCCCGCUGUGCCCAGGGCUGCCACCGGCGAAUGCGCCGUGAGGCAGUGGAAGGAGAGGACACAGCUGGUCCACAGAGCCAGAUGCUGACAGGUGGCCCAAUCAGCAUCGACUGGGAGGACUAGGAUGGCCCAACAUCUGAGUCCUGGCUUCGGGCUGCCCGCCUGUUUGGAACUUCCCACACCCUCUGAGAACAUCAGUCAACACCCUAGAACACCGUGCUUCUUUAAUACUGUGGGUUUAGACAAACUCCC